AUGGGUGUCACCGGCCUCUGGACGGUCGUGCAGCCCUGCGCUCGCCCUAUCAAACUCGAAACACUGAACAAAAAACGACUAGCUGUCGACGCGUCGAUCUGGAUCUAUCAAUUUCUGAAGGCGGUACGAGACAAAGAAGGCAAUGCGCUACGAAAUUCUCACAUCGUCGGAUUCUUUCGUCGCAUAUGUAAGUUGCUGUAUUUCGGGAUCCGGCCUGUCUUCGUCUUCGAUGGCGGGGCCCCGGUCAUGAAAAGGCAGACAAUCGCUGGCCGAAAGAAGAAACGCGAGGGUCACAGGGAAGAUGCUGCGAGGACCGCGGGAAAGUUGCUUGCCGUACAAAUGCAACGCAGUGCGGAGGAGGAGAACGCUCGUCGACGCAAUAAGACCCAUAUCCAAGAGGAAGAAGAAGUGCCAGAUGCUCCGGUCUACGCAGAGGAGGCUUUUAUGACAGAAACGGAAAAGCAACAAAAUCGCAGGUUCAAGAAGAAGGAUGCGUACCACCUACCUAACCUAGACGUCUCUCUUCAAGAUAUGGGAGCGCCAAAUGAUCCACGCAUUAUGUCCCAGGAAGAACUGGAGGAGUAUGCUAGACAUUUCCACCAGGGUCAAGAUAUCAACCUUUACGAUUUUUCCAAAAUCGACUUCGACAGCUUGUUUUUCCUUAGUCUGCCCGCCACUGAUCGCUACAACAUCUUGAAUGCAGCGAGGCUAAGAAGCCGACUUCGAAUGGGUUAUUCAAAAGAGCAGCUAGAUACCAUGUUUCCCGACCGCAUGGCAUUCUCGAGGUUUCAAAUCGAGCGUGUCGCAGAACGUAAUGACCUUACGCAACGAUUAAUGAAUAUAAACGGCAUGAACGGAGACGAAGCAUUCUAUAACUCUGGGAAGCGCGUUGCGGGAGAACGUGGCAGGGAAUAUGUGCUUGUCAAGGAUAGCGAACAUGAAGGUGGCUGGGUACUAGGUGUUGUGGGAAACAGGGAAGGUCACGAAGAGAAGCCCAUCGAUCUAGAUCGACCUGAGAUACUGUCCGAUGAGGAUGAGGUAUCGGACGAAGAUGAGUUCGAGGAUGUUCCAAUCGAAGGUCUGAAUCGACUUCCCAAACUUCCUUUCCUCCAAGAGGGUGUAUUGGACCGGUCGCUCCAACUUCAAACGAAUGAGGUUUUAGACAUGAGAAGGGCUAUACAAGAAUCGCGUCAUGCUGCACAGCAACAGUCGGUGAACGACCGCCGUGUACAAGAGGUUGAAGAUGACUCGCUUUUUGUUGAAGCUGAGGGAAAUAUUGCCGCACAGCAGCAGAACAACGACACUGAUGAAUUCUUUAAUGGCGAUGGCGAUGACGAUGACCUUGAACGGGCUAUUGCCCUUUCAUUACAACCAGAUAAAGUCGACGACGAAGAUAUGCCUGAUAUGCCCAUCAAUCGACCGGUAGAAUCAGCUCCACCCUAUGAGACGGUGCCAGAUCUUGAUUCCGAGAGCGAUGAUGGAAUGGACUUUGCUGCAGCCAUAGCAAGAACAAAGGUCUCGAAAAAAGCCUCACAUGCGCCAACUCGAUUCGGUGGUCCUCUCCCUUUUGAAUCUAUCAAACUCACUAAAGUCACGAAAGAUAAUGAUAAAGCUGGCGAGGUUGGUGAAAAUGCGGGGGGCUUCCUAAAGGGACCUACAGAGAAACCAAAACAACCUGACCCACUUCCUCCUUGGUUUGUUGGCGAACGCUCAGAUGUGGGAUUCAUCGUUGAUCCCAUUGAAGAUCCUGAAAAGGAUGAUGAGCGAUCUGCGGUGCCAGAUCAUAUGUUCCUCUCCAAUCGUCGCUCGCCGGACAUAAUCGAUGUUGACGAAAUUUCCGCUACUACAGAAGUCGUUGAUCUAGAGAAGAGGGAGGAGGAGGAGGCGGAAGAGGAGAAGGAGAAUUCCAAACAGAUCUUCCAGAUGGAGGACAUUGAAAAGAUUUACAAUGAGCUUCCUACAAAUCUCCAUGAGAAGCCAUUGAGCGAACCAGCUCCAGCGCAGGUCAAUAGAAAUCUCGAUGAAACGGCACUUGGACGCCCUGAAACACAAAUCCAGGAUCAAGUUCCCGCGGUUGAAGAGCUGUCCUCACGCAGCGAAAAAUCUCCCUCACCAGAAUUCGAAGAUGUUGUCCCUCAGCUGCCCACCCAAGGCCCCGAGAUCACUGUUGUAUCCCAUCAAAAGGCCCAGCCCCAGCCUCAGUUCUUCGAAGAGGUUGAAGACUUUGUGCAGGACCAAGCCGACUAUAGUGACCCGGAAGAUGAAGAGCUGUUCAAGCAGCUUGCGGCUGAGGGUGAGGAGCACGUUCGAUUUGCCAAUACUCUUAAUUCUGCUGCUCCUAGCCAGGAGGCCUUUGACUACGAGCAAGAAUUGAAGCAACUACGGUCUCAGCAGAGGAAUGAGCGUCGCGAUGCAGACGAGGUGACUACUAUUAUGAUCAAUGAGUGUCAACAGCUCUUGACGCUCUUCGGAUUGCCCUAUAUUACCGCGCCUAUGGAAGCUGAAGCGCAGUGCGCCAAAUUAGUCUCGCUAGGCCUUGUGGACGGGAUUGUCACGGAUGACAGUGAUAUCUUCCUUUUCGGGGGAACGCGAGUCUACAAAAACAUGUUCAAUCAAAGUAAAUUCGUUGAGUGCUACUUGACGUCUGACUUGGAGAAAGAGUACGCCCUCCAUCGACGGAAGCUUAUUAGCUUCGCCCAUCUCUUGGGCAGUGACUACACAGAGGGCAUUCCCGGGAUUGGUCCUGUCACAGCCCUAGAGAUACUCACCGAGUUUUCCAGUCUCGAAGAGUUCCGCGAAUGGUGGACCGAAUUGCAAAUGGGUACGAAUAAUGCAGAAGACGCCCACCUUGCCUUCCGGAAGAAAUUUCGAAAGAAGGCAUCCAAGAUAUUCUUACCUCCUUCAUUCCCUGAUGCUAAAGUUGACGAGGCAUACCUGGAACCCGCGGUUGACGACGACCCUUCCCAGUUCCAAUGGGGUGUUCCUGAUUUGAAUGCGUUACGAACCUUCCUCAUGACGACAAUUGGCUGGAGCCAAGAGCGUACGGAUGAAGUCCUGGUGCCGGUUAUUCGCGACAUGAACCGGCGAGAACAGGAAGGAACACAGUCUAAUAUCACGCAUUUCAUGCAAGGUCCUCAGGGCGCGGGUGCAUUUGCGCCUCGCGUUCGUACAGGUGGACCCAGCCGCAUGGAAAAGGCAUUUAGUCGACUACGUCAGGAAGCUCAGACGGGCGAAACCUCGCGGGAUGGCGAGCCAGCUAACAAGGACGGAGAGAAAGAAGCCCCUAUUUCGCAAAGUAAAGGCAAAAGAGGUGGCUCAACUACUAAAGGCAAGGCCGGCACGAAUAAGAAGCGAAAGACCCGUCACGCCACCUCGGAUUGA